CUCUCUCUCUACCAUGUUGUUUUAAGUAUAAUGUGUGUGUAUAUAUAUAUUAUAUAUAGUUUUAUAGUAUUGUUUCUACUAUAUUGUAGUAGCUAAAGAGAGACACAAUGUUGUUUAAUUUAAGAAAAGUAAACAUUAUCUGCAUUUUUUGUAUUUUACAUGUUACAUUCCUUACCUUUGUAUGUGCUUCUUUUCUUCCUCAAGACAGAUUUUUCAUUAACUGUGGAGGAAAUGAGGUGAUGGAACUAGAGGAUGGCAGAGUUUUUGAGCCUGAUUCUGGGAAUCCAUACGUGACUGUAGCAACUAGCUCUACUGUUGUUGUUGUUUCAGAGCCCCAGAUGAGUCCUUCAAAUGAUAUGAAUCUGUACAAUUCUGCUCGGGUUUUUGGUGAAGCUUCGGUUUAUAACAUUGUCACUAAGCAAGCUGGUCUCCAUUGGCUGAGAUUGCAUUUCAACCCUGUUGAGAAUCCACAUUAUGAUUUGAGAUCUGCUUGUUUCUCAGUUGUGGCUAAUGGGAUUACUCUUCUCCACAGGUUUUCUCUCUCAAACUCUGGAUACUCCACCCCUUUAAUCAAGGAGUAUGUAGUUGAUUUGAGUGGAAAAAGUUGGAGAAAAUUGGUACUAAAGCUGAAUCCAUUGAAUGGUUCAGUUGCAUUUAUUAAUGGAGUGGAGGUUAUUUCAGUUCCAAACAAGCAAUUUCCUUCUACUGCAUCACCUAUUCCAUUAGGGGCAUCAGUUGAAAUUCCUUCUGAGAUAGCUUACGAAACGGUUUAUAGAGUCAACAUGGGGGGUCCUCUUAUAACCCCCAAGAAUGAUUCACUUUGGAGAACAUGGGAACCAGAUGGGCCUUUUUUGCUCAAUGCUGCUUCAGCAAGGAAUGUAACUAAAAAUCCCAGUUUAGUAAAAUUCCCAGAUGGAGUUUCACCUGAGAUUGCGCCGAAUUGGGUUUAUUCCACAGCUCAAGAAAUGGCUGAUGCGAAUGUCACUAAUCAGAAGUUCAACAUUUCAUGGUCAUUUAAGGUUCAAAAUGGUUUCUCCUAUUUUCUUAGGAUGCAUUUCUGUGAUGUUGUCAGCAUAUCGCUUGGAAAUCUGGUGUUCAAUGUUUAUGUGAAUAAGCAAUCUGCAUUGAACACUUUUGAUAUCUCAAGCAGAACAAUGGAGUUAUUAUCAGCAGCCUAUUAUGCUGAUUUUGUGGUAAAUCUUCCUAAGAACUCGGAUAAAAAGAUUUUGGUCCAAGUUGGUCCAUCAAAUUUAGGAGGUUUUUCUUCAAAUGCAAUCUUGAAUGGUUUAGAGAUCCUGAAAAUGAAUAGUCCUACUGGAAGCUUAGAUGGAAGCCUUGCAGCUGAUGUUAUAGAUUCCAAGUCUUCAAGCAGCAAGAAGUGGAUGGUGCUUGCUAUUUCUUCUGUCUUAGUUGGUUUUGGAGUUUUGGUGUUACUUUUCGCAGGCUUCUUUUACAGGCGGCGAGUUGAUCCAAAGAAGCCAAGGCGUCAAUUUUCAUCAUGGUUGUCAUUUCCUACUCACAUGGGAAUCUCCAACUCAAAAGUUUCCAUUGGUAGCUCUGCUUCAACUCUGCAUUCCUUCAGUUUAGGAAGAAUUCUCUCUUUCGCUGAGAUCAAAGAAGCUACCAAUAACUUUGAUGAGAGCUUUCUUCUAGGAGUUGGAGGAUUUGGAAAAGUUUACAAGGGUGUCCUUGAAAAUGGAACUGUUGUAGCUGUAAAGCGAGGAAACCCGAGAUCACAACAAGGACUUAAUGAAUUCAGAACAGAAAUUCUAAUGCUAUCAAAGCUUCGCCACAGACACUUGGUUUCUCUCAUAGGCUACUGUGAGGAACUCAAUGAGAUGAUUCUUGUUUAUGAGUUCAUGGCAGGUGGUCCUCUCAGGAAACACUUGUAUGGCUCUAACAUUUCUCCUCUUACUUGGAAACAAAGGCUAGAAAUCUGCAUUGGAGCUGCAAAGGGGCUGCAUUACCUUCAUACAGGAGCAUCAGACAUCAUUAUUCACCGCGAUGUCAAGACAACAAACAUACUUCUUGAUGAGAAUCUCACUUCGAAAGUGGCUGAUUUUGGACUCUCCAAGCUAGGCCCUACUCUUGAUCAAACUCAUGUGAGCACAGCAGUAAAGGGUAGCUUCGGAUAUCUUGAUCCAGAGUACUAUCGCCGUCAGCAGCUUACAGAGAAAUCAGAUGUUUAUUCUUUUGGAGUAGUACUAAUGGAGGUCUUGUGUGCUAGGCCUGCUAUAAAUCCCACUCUUCCAAGGGAACAAGUUAACAUAGCAGAAUGGGCUAUGAAUUGGCAAAAGAAAGGAAGAUUGGAGAAGAUUAUUGACCCCCACUUGAUUGAAUCAAUAAACCUUGACUCUCUUCGAAAGUUUGGUGAAACAGCUGAGAAAUGUUUGGCUGAAUAUGGUGUUGAGAGGCCAACAAUGGGAGAUGUUCUGUGGAAUUUGGAGUAUGCUCUUCAGCUUCAAGAGGCUUCUGUACAGACUGUGUCAGCUGAGAAUAGUGCUAACUAUAUUCCUGAUAUUCCAGAAUGGCUUCCCCAAACAGAAGCUGAUGACACUUGUCAUAUGUCUCUGCACUUCAUGAGUACUGACCAAGAAUCUGAUGCAACUUCUAGUGCUGUUUUUUCACAGUUAAUCGAUCCAAGAGGUAGAUAGAUAAAUAGUUAGCUUUAGAUCAUUGAGUAAAGGUUUUAUUAUUUUAUAUUUUUUCUUGGCUUUUGGCUUUUUUAGUCUAUGUAUCAUGUAUUGUGUUCACUAGGCUUUAUACACCCCCCCAAAAACUUACUUAGCUGAUUGUAAACAGACUUUGCAAAUCAACAAUUUAUUUUAUUGUUCCUCAUCAUCA